AUGUCCUUAUCAGGAUCCACCAGCAGCGCUCCUUCCAGCCUGUCCUCUUGCCCCACACCCGUAACCGCACCGUGUACGGCUACUGCCGGGAUGUUUUCUUCCGAUGCUGCAAGUGCAUUCAACUCCCUCACAAGCUCCAUUGUACCGAGCGGUAGCUGUCUCUCCGGAGCUAGUGGCAGUAGUGCUUACGAUAAAAAGACGAUGUCAUCGUGUCGCUAUCAGCAGGAUAAAUCGGCUGCCGCACUGUCGGACUACUUCUUGCCAGAUGAGUCGGCACUAGUGGCCGCUGCCGCCGCCGCACAGCACCAUCUUCCGCAUCACCACCUUCAGCAACAGCAACAGCAGCAACAAAUUUCGACGACGCAACAACAGCAAGCCGCAUCCCACGCCGCAAGUAAUCCACUAUUUUCACCCCAUUUCGGAUCAGCUCCCCCACCAUAUCCAUCGAUGCAAGCUGGAGGGGCGUACGAAACCAGCAGCGCAGCCCGAUCCUGCGCCCUUCCGUCCCCCACAAUCUAUCCCCCCACGCCGCCACCGUCAGCCCCGUGGAUACAUCCUUGGUACGGUGGAGACACGUUUUAG